AUGCAUUGUGAAGGGCUAACAUCAAUCAAGGCACGCGAGCUGCAGCAAGUUCACGGCUUCAACGAGAUCGAAGGCAAUGCUGAGCCAGAAUGGAGGAAAGUGGUCAAGCGAUACUUCGACCCCAUCAUACUUGUCAUCUUUCUGGCUGCGAUCAUCAGUGUAGUUGUCCCAAACGAUGGCAGCAGAGGCUGGACGUCCUUUGUUCUGCUGAUUGUGGAGCUGAACAUCAUUGUUUGGGUGGGCUACUACUCUGACCGGAACGCCGGCAAUGCGGUGAAAGAGCUCAAGGAACUGUCGGCCCCCACGGCAUUGGUCAAGCGGGACGGAGAGUGGAAGCAAGUGGAGGUCCGCGAGCUGGUGCCGGGCGACCUCAUCGAUCUAAAGGGCGGAGACGUCGUCCCAGCCGAUGCUGUGCUUGUGGGCGAAGGCGAGCCUCUGAAGGUGGACGAAUCAUCCCUGACUGGCGAGUCACUGCCCGUCUCCAAGACUCAGGGCGCCAAGAUGCUGUCCGGCUCUGUCAUAGUGCAGGGCGAGAGCGCGGCUGUAGUAUCUGCCACGGGGGGUGCCUCCUUCUUUGGCAAGACAGUCGCUCUGCUGAGCGAGCCGGAAGAGAUCGGGCACCUGCGAAAGGUGCUGAGCCGAGUGACGCUGGCGAUCGGGGCACUGGCGUUGGCGGGAGUCAUCUGCAUAAUGGCGACACUUCUCGGCCGGGGCGACGCGGCCGGCUACUCGGUAGUCAUCGCAUUUGUAAUCCUCGCAUCAACUGUGCCUGUGGGCAUGCCCGUUGUGACUGGAACUGUUCUGGCGAUCGGCGCUCGAGAGAUGGCACGCCACAAGGCCAUUGUCAACCGGCUGGCUUCCCUGGAGGAGCUCUCUGGAAUGGAGGUGCUUGCCAGCGACAAGACAGGCACGCUUACACUCAACAGGCUGACACUGGACAAGGAGGACGUGGAGCCCUGGGAAGAAGCCACCAAGGAGCAAGUGCUGCUCUACGCGGCGUUGUCAGCCAAAUGGGAAAACAACGAUGCAAUAGACAGGGCAGUGACUGGCGCAGUGGGGAGCAGAGAGAGCCUGAAGGGUUAUGUCAUCGAGCGAGUCGUGCCGUUUAAUCCUGUGGACAAAAAGACGACCGCCACUUUCACCGCCCCUGACGGGCGGCGGCUGCUCGCCAGCAAGGGAGCACCCCAGAUCAUUGGAGCGAUGCUGCAAGACCCUGCAGCAAGGGCAGCAGUGGAUAGGUACAUGGCAGAGAGGGCUUCCAGGGGCCUGCGGGCGUUGGGAGUUGCCACAUCAGCAGAUGGAGGCUCCAGCUGGCAGCUCGUCGGCCUUAUUUCCCUCCUGGACCCACCCAGAGAGGACACCAAGCGCACCAUCGAACUUGCACGCCAGCUUGGCAUUGAGGUGAAGAUGGUGACCGGAGACCAGUUGCUGAUCGCAGUGGAGACCAGCCGCCGACUGGGGCUGGGCACCAACAUCAUGGAGGGUGCAGAGCUGAUGCAGGGUAAAAUUACCGACGCCGACCUGGCAAAUAAGGUCACAGAAGUGGAUGGUUUUGCUGGAGUGUACCCAGAGCACAAGCACAAGAUUGUCACAGCGCUGCAGUCAAAGGGACGCCUUGUUGGCAUGACAGGUGACGGGGUGAAUGAUGCGCCUGCACUGAAGAAGGCCAACGUGGGCAUCGCUGUGGCCGGCGCCACAUCAGCAGCCAAGGGCGCCGCUGACAUCAUCCUCACCGAGGAGGGGUUGGGCCCCAUCAUAACAGCCAUCCAAGCCAGCCGCACGAUUUUUGCGCGGCUUCAGUCUUACUUGAUCUAUCGCAUCGCCUCGAGCCUGCUCAUUCUUGGGUUCUUCUUCUUUGGGAUCAUUAUACUAGGAUUCGAGAUGCCAACCUGGGCCAUCAUCGUUAUCAACAUUACUAACGAUGCCUCCGUCAUGGCCACCUCCUUCGACAAGGUGCACAGCUCCGACAUGCCGCUGACGUGGAACAUGACUAAGUGCUUAGUCGUGGCCGCAUGCACCGCUGCGGUCGGCAUUGUCGGCUCUGUGAUCUUGUUAUUUUUGAGCCUGCCCAAUCCCGUCAACUGGUUCUCUCUGAUGGGCACCCCCGUCGAUGAUGGCCUGCCCGGGGCCCCCCCCCGCACCACCAACGGCCAGGUGGUCGCAUGCAUCUUCCUGGCGCUCAUGAUAAUGAUCCAGCUAAACAUCUUCGCCACGCGCAACCCGGGGCUCUUCUGGCGAUUCUCCAAGCGCACGGCCCCGAGGCCUUCGCUGCUCUUAAUCGCGGCCGUCUCGUGCGUGUUAUUGCCUGCCACCUUCAUUGCCGUUUACUGGCCCGAGAAUAUCCAGCCGGACGGCGGCCGCGGCAUCCUUAUCGGCGCAGGCUGGGCCAAGGUGGGCAUCGUGUGGGCGUACUCGGUGGCAGUCUGGCUUAUAGCGGACGUGGCCAAGACUUGCGUGCAGGCAUUCUUCAUUCGCCAGGAGCGCGUGAAGGAAGACUGCAAGAUGCACAACCGCCCCCUGCCGCUGUGGGUGAGAAUUGUCGACUGGCCCGGGAACGCCGUCGAAUCCGCGCUCGACCACCUGGCGCAGGUUAGUCACCCGGCCCUCGCUGUUUGCGUAUCAACCCCUGGCUUCUUGUAUUCAGGGAGUACUAGACAUCAGAACACUCGAAUAACUUCAGUUGUACUUGAGCCCACUAAGGGUUCUUGCAAGGGGUACCAGAGCUCCUAA